GUCUUACUUUGAAACAACUCCGUCAUUUCCGGUAAAGGUUUGUGUCGCGGACGCUUGACGUCGCUGUUGAGCUCCACAAGCCGAGUACAACAUCGAUCCAGCUGCAAGAGCGACGUACACUGACACGAUCCACACAUGGAGCCAGUCCAGACUCGGACAGCCUGUGAGGACUCUGCCCGGGUCCACGCAGCCAGCGGCUGUUUAUGAAAGGAGCCCGCCCCAGCGCAGAUUAUGGCCGCACCGACAGGCGGGGAGUGAACGGUGUCACAGCGUGACGAGCGGUGAAGUUUACCGCGGCUGAAAGCACAGCUGCCCCGCUGAGAUCAGCGCCCGGGGUCGGGCAGGUUUGAUAAGGCCACGUACUUUAGAGCAGUCUAGCGUAGGGCCGGAGGCAAAACCGUACGUCCUCAGCUGAGUCAUUUUUAUAAUGUGGAGCCAGCGAUGAACGACUUGACGGAAAGUUGGUGGAGACGGCGCAAUAAGUGGAAAUAUUUGAAGAACUGUGGUUUGAAGUAACUAAGGAGACACUGAACACACGCCCUGUGCUGUGUGUGAAGGAGCCAUGGAGCUGCGUGAACAAGAGCGGGACAUCUCCAACAUUGACCCCCAGGAGUGUGUCCAUCCAGAGGAUGACAAUGGACUGAUGCUGGUGGUCCGCCCCAGCCGUGUCCGGCCGCCCUUCAGCGUGGUCCUCAGCACGGUGCUCUACUGUGCAGAGUUCAUCACCGCCGCUGUCCUGUGCAGCAUGUACCACAAGAGUGAGGACGGCAUCUGGAUGGGCUUCACCCUCGCCUUCAUGCUAGUCCCCGCUGUGCUCAUCCAACUGGCCCUCACCUUUAUCCACAGAGACCUGGGCAGAGACAGGCCACUGGUGCUCUUCCUGCACCUACUGCUGCUGGGGCCUGUCAUUAGAUGUCUGGAAGCGCUGGUCAUGUAUUUCAGAGCCGGCAAGGAGGAGGAGCCAUAUGUCACAAUUUCCAGAAGGAUUAGUUUGAAGAAGGGCCAAGGGACUCCCAUGGAGUGGGAAAUUGGCCAAUCAGAACGCAACCUUGCUGCUCACAGAAACGCCUUUAAACGUGCUGCUGUUAUUCAGGCAUUUCUGGGCUCUACCCCUCAGCUGACCCUGCAGCUGUAUGCCACCAUCCAGGAGAAAUACAUCCUCCAUCUUAGAUUGGCUCUGAUGAUCAUUACUCUGAUUUCAAUCACAUAUGGAGCUCUCGUAUGCAACAUCCUGGCCAUUCAGAUACGAUAUGACGACUAUAAAGUGCGGCUGCGUCCUGCUGCCUACAUCUGCCUGAUUGUGUGGAGAGGCUUGGAGAUAGCCACUCGAGUCACUGCCCUUGUACUCUUUAGCACAGCUCUCACACACUGGGUUAUACUUGUGGGAAUGUUGAACUUGCUCUUCUUCUUUUUCCUGCCUUGGGCUGAGUUUUGGGCCAGAAAAGGAUCUCUGGCUGAGAACAUAGAGAAGAACUUUUCAAAGCUGGGCACCACUGUGGUGCUGUGUAUGUUUACUCUACUAUAUGCCUGCAUCAACAUCUUCUGCUGGUCUGCGGUGCAACUGGACCUAACUCACCGAGAGCUCAUUGAGAGGCAGCAGCGAUGGGCCCGUUUGGCUCUCUACUACAGCUUGCGCUUUCUGGAGAACUUCCUCCUCAUCACCCUCUGGUACUUCUUCAAGUCGGACUUCUAUGAAUAUGUGUGCGCACCACUACUUGUGGUCCAGCUGUUGGUCUGCUACAGUUUGGCCAUUCUCUUCAUGCUUUUGUUUUAUCAGUUUUUUCACCCUUGCAGACGCCUUUUUAAGUACAAUGUUCAUGAUUGUCUGCACUGUGUCUGUUUCCGAAAAAGAGUGACUUCACCCGGGAGUCGACGAGCAAAGCCUUCGUACUCUAAUGCUGCCACUAUGGUCCUGGUGGCAGAGGACCCAGUGGACACCCACAACUCACAACCCCUGGACCCGACCAGCCUCCUGGGAGAGCAGGAGACAGCCAUCCUCGAUGAUUCACUGGAUGCUGUUUGAUUUUGAAAUAAUAGAAUUCUACUGAACAGUAAUUGCAGGGUUUUUUUGUGCACAGGUCUUUACUGAGUCAUUGUAUGUCGUGGCAAUAGUUGCACACAUUAAAGGCCUGCGCACGUCCUGUACCAAAGAAUGUAGUGUGUAGAAAUAUGCAGCCACGCACAAAGGCUGCCCAGAGCGGAAGACCUGGUAGAUCGUGCAGGUGUGCGGGAAUGGUGCCAAGUAUGGACAUCCCCUGUUUACAACUUCAGGAUUUUCAUGGAUGUAUGCUGUUUUGCACAUUUCUGUCACUUCACAACAUUAUCAUCUACAGGUGAAAAUGUUGACAUUUGUAUAAAUUUGUAAAAGGGAUUUUGGGUUGCUUGUUCAAAUUAAAAUUACACUAAUGAGAAAAAGAAAUAUGAUAUGUGCCUGAAAGUUCUUUAACACAUCCACUGGUGCAACAUAACUGACCCAACUGCUCUCACUUUGUGCUUUUAUGUUUUGUUAGUGCCUUGACUACUACUGUAUUACUUGAAACGUAAAUAAAGCCUUACGUCCACCUAUAACUCAACUAUGAAAAUAUGUUAAAAAAAAAUUGUUUACUAGUUUCUGUAAUAAUAGAAAAUGAAUAAAUAUUUCAAUGUUU